UCUAUUACCCGCCCUUUUCUGCCCGCCCACUCUGCCUUUGCUCUGCCCUCGUCGCCAUUUCCUCCUUCCCCUGCACCUCUCCUCCUCCUCGUGCAGAGCAAGCUAACGCGAAAACACCAGCACAGACAUAGCCUACGCGCACGGGCGCUCUUAUUCUUUGCUCUUCUUCUGCUUCGUCUUCGAGCCGCACGCGUGCAUUCCUCUCUUUGCGUGGCGAGUGUGAGAGGCUAGCUAGCGGAAGGAGGUCCGGCGAUGGGGAGGCACAAGUUCCGGCUGUCCGACAUGAUCCCCAACGCGUGGUUCUUCAAGCUGCGCGACAUGCGCGGGGCCGCCCGGGGCGGGGGCGGGGGCGCCGGCAGCCCCGGCGGGGCGUCGCGGGCGGGCAGGGCCGGCCGGGCGCCAAGCACGCCGCACCGGGCGUCCUACUACUACACGCCGCGGGCCGGGGACACCGUGGGGUCCCCGCUCCACCCUCCCAGGGCCUCGGACGCGCAGUUCCCGCCGCUGCCGCUCUCGCCGCCGCGCCGGUCGUCCAAGCGGCGCCACCGGAGGCGCUCCGUCAAGCUGGCGCCGUCGCUCAGCGGCAGCAGCGUCGUCUCCUCGCCGGUCUCCACCGGGUGCCGCUGCAGGCGCAAGCCCGAGCUCGUCGUGGUCCAGGCGCCCGACACCCCGCCGUGCCGCCUCGACAAGUUCGUCGGCUACGACAAUGACGGCGACUCGGCCGACUCGGGCGAGGCGCUCAAGAAGCCGACGGUCGCCGUGCUUGGCGACGGCGGGCUCGGCGGCAAGCUGAUCACCUCCGCCACGGACAUCAUCAUCGACCUGCGGACCAAGAAGAGGCCCGACAAGGUGCUGCUCCCGCCGAUCGUGACCAGGCCGAAGCCGGCGCGGAGGACGCCCGAGGAGCUCCUCGAUCUCGAGGACAAGCACAUCGACACCCUCGCGCGCGCGGCCCAACGAGCCACCACGCCUUUCUCGGACGAACAAAGCAAGGCCGCCAAACCGAGGCGGUCCGUGUCAUCGUCGGCGCGCCGGCUCAGGACGCGCGGGAACACGCCCCGCGUGGCGUCGUGCAAAAAGUCCAAGCCUCCCGCGCCGGCGCCCGCGCCAUCGCCAGCGCGGGAGAAGACGCCGCCUCUGGCGGAGAGCUUCGCGGUGGUGAAGAGCUCGCGGGACCCGAGGCGGGACUUCCGCGAGUCCAUGGAGGAGAUGAUCGCGGAGAACGGCAUCUGCACCGCCGCCGACCUGGAGGACCUGCUGGCGUGCUACCUCUCCCUCAACGCCGCCGAGUACCACGACCUCAUCGUCGACGUGUUCGAGCAUAUCUGGGCCGGCCUCGCGGACAUCAGCAUGUAGUAGGAAGCAGAGCAGCGGUCUUGCAUGGUGAAUCCAACGAGUCCCAUCGUGUCAAAAGUUGUCGUCCUUACCUAAUUAGCUCUUGUUAAUGCUCCUAAAUUGGGCACGUAUGAUAAAUAUGAGAUUCCCCAAGCCUGUGAAGCCAAAACCAUGCUGUUCUUCUCUCCUUCUACCUUGCUGGUAGUGCAGUACUUGCUCCCGAACAUCAACUGUAACAGGGUGUGGGCGUACAAGUGAACAGUGGGGUAAUAACUGAUAAAGUAUGGUGGUAGAACCGCACAAGUAAUACAUUUUUGGAUUACGGUGGUAGGAGUAAAUUAGAUAAAUACUGUUGUUGAGCUCGAACAGUAAAAAUGGUACCGUGUUGCCUCUUCCGAGUGUUA